CAGUAUACCACGCUCGCUCGUUCAAUCCGGUCCGCGCAGCAGGCUCGUUGGUAUACGCACACGCACACGUACACGCACACGCACACGCACACGCACCACGCACACACACGCGCAAUCGUUGCAGUUCUCGCCGUCAGGUACGACAUGGUCGACAUCGUGCGCCACGGCCGCCGACCGGAGGCAGCAGCACAAGCGUUGUGGUGAACGCGCCCCCCGCGACACCCGGUGAAGACGUCCGCCGCCGUCAGUCGCCACUCGUCGACGCCGCCGCGUACCGUUCGUCCAGUCAGUGUGCGAUCGUCCGCCCUUGCCGACGGUACUCGACCGUUGUAGUUGCUGCUGCUGUGGUCGUGUCAGUGUUUGCUCACCGCUCGCGACAACUGCACGAGUGCAGAAACCGCUCGCACGUCUUCUAUCCGUUUGAAAAAAAAUUUUCGCCGAUCGCGAUCUACCGUCAUCGUCGAUAAAUUUCAAUUCAGUUUUUUUUUACGCGACGACGUUUUGCCAGACGUGGAAAAAAAAUAUUUUUUUUUCCUCCACAUCGCUCGAGCGCGUGUAGACUUUGAAUUUUUUUUGUGCGUUUUCGUAAUUUUUUUCGAUUACGUGCCGCCGUGUUCUUUGGAUCGCAACGAUUUAUAUUUUUGCAACACAAUACACGUAAAAUAAUAAAUAAACAUUUGCAACAUGGUGCCCAAACAAGAAACGAUCCGCAUCAUCGACUCGCCGGAUAACAAGUUGGACCUGCCGAUGUUUGGCUCACAACUGGUCGACGAAAACUCGACGACGCCGUACUCCGACGCCACACAGACGAAAAAGAACAAUCCAAACCACAUCAAACGGCCAAUGAACGCGUUCAUGGUGUGGUCACAGCUUGAGAGACGCAAGAUAUGUAGUGAUCAACCGGACAUGCACAACGCGGAGAUAUCGAAGAUGCUCGGUAUGAGGUGGAAAACGCUGACCGAUGAACAGCGAAAACCGUUCAUCGAGGAGGCCGAGAAGCUGAGACUGAUGCACCUCAAAGAGUACCCGGACUACAAGUACAGGCCACGCAAGAGGACGCCGAAGAACGGCAGUGGUAACGCUGGCAACUCGUCCGCUCCGCUCACGAUCGUGAAGACCACCACGACGGCCGCGGCUCAGUCAAAGUUCCGGAAGAACAUAUGCAAAAAGUUCGGCAACGCUAUGACAGUGUCCAGCCGCGUCGCGUCAGCCCUCAACUCCGGGACGGUGCGCGUGCUGGAGACGUGCAGGACCACGGAACCGACACCAGUGGGAUUGCUCCAGGACAACACCACUUCAUCGUCGUCGUCGUCAAAGUCUUUCGUCCGGCGCAACGGCAUCAUACAGGUGAACAGGAUGAGCCCGGUGAACCCGGAUCGGCUCAAGUAUCACUUCACGAUCGACACGGCCAAGGGCAACAGUUCCAAGGAUGCGGCCGAGGUGCGCGUGCCCGCUUCGGUACACGCCAAGGUGCCGACCAGCCCGACGUGCGACUCUCCAAACUCGCCGGAGAGCGCCACGUUCUACGACGACUCGCCGCUGACGUGCAGCUUCGACGUCGUCAAGCCGCUCAAAAUCAAGUUGCUCAACACGUCGCUCAACACAUCGGCCACGAUCACGGUGCUGACCGACGUAGACGACGAUGACUGCAACGAGGACUGCGACAACAACAGCGCCAACGCCAUGUUGCUCAGUCCCGGUUCGGCCGCAUCGCUCAUGUCCGCCCGACAGAUGGACCAGCAGCUCCACCAGCAACACCACCACCAGCAGCACAACCACCUUAACAAUCAGUCGUCGGCCGAUCUGCUCGCCCGGACCCUGAUGAAGGACGAUCAACUGCUGAUCAAGGCUGAACCCUCGCACCCGUCUUCGUCCUCGUCCGCCGUCGCCCAGUCGUCGUAUUUCUCCGUCAAACAGGAACCGAUGGACUGCGAGUCGGAGACGGCCGCGCUUGGUCGCGUCGGCGAGAAUCCAUCGCUGGCCGACCUCGAGUGCCUGGACGACCUCAUCCAGAUGCCGUCCGACUUCAAGAUGGACAUCGACUGCCUGUCGUCCGACCUGGACAACGGCUCCGUCCGGCAGAGCUCGCACCUCGAGUUCACGUGCACAUCCGACAUGACCGACAUACUGUCCCACAUGGGCGUCACCCCCGACUGGGAGGACGUGCGUGGCAUCAUCAACGACUGCUAAAUGCGCAGGGGCAGAGGAGAAGAACGCGCGCGCCCCUACAGCUGUAGCCCCGAAAAUCACUCGUCCCCACCAACCACACCCGCCGUCGUCGUCGUCGUCGUCGUCGUUCAACAUAAUAAUAAUUCGACCGCCGCCGCUAUACUACCCCUUAAAACAAAACAAAAAAAAAAAAACACCCACACGAUUAUUAGUCUAAACGUAAAUACAAAAACACGAAGUCCUCCGCUGUGAUUGGUUAUAAUUUUUUUUUUUAAAUUUAAUUUAUUCAUUCUAUUACGUUUUCCUUUUUUCGUCGUAUUACGAUAUUAUGUUAUAUUUAUUCCGCCUACGCGUGCAAGGACGUACAAUAAUAUGUAUUGUGCGCUUGUAAUAUUAUAUAUAUAUAUACCUAAAUAUGAAAAUCUAUACACCGCGGGGAAAAAACAAAACAAUACUAACCUAACCGACGUGCUUUGGAGUAAUAAAUCACACACACACACACACACACACACACACACACAAUAUGUAAGUUUUCACUGUCCGUUUGUUUUUGUAUACGUCUUAUAGAUAUUAUAUAAUAUGUAUAUUUGCAUACAAUUAUAUUAUUAUUACUAUACUACUACUUCAGUGCUGCUAUUGCUACUGCAGUUGCCACUAUUAUGUUUUUAUACAUUUCGUAUACACACACAGUACUGGUCGGCGGCAGACGACAAUCGGAAUUAAUUUCACUCUUAUCGUGUAAAUAAUAAUAUAUAAUACGACUUUUUUAUACUGUCGAACGAUACGUGUCGAAUAUUUCAUUGUAAAUUUAUAUACAACAUAUAUAUAUAUAUAUUAUAUUAUAUUAAAUAUAAAAACGACGUGACUUUUUUUAAUAUUUAUUUCGCUCGUAAAAAGCGUAAAAUUCGUCAAAAAUUGUGAUGUCUCGACGUUUAUUUUUUAAGUUUGUCGUGUAUUCGUAAAAAAAAAAAAAAUGAUAAUGAUAUUAUAUGUAUUUGGAUUACUUCUGAAUCGCUUUCUAAAUUUUUUUGAACACGACUAACGUAAUAUUGUAAAAAUAUUAUAUCGUAUGCUAGUAACUAGAGCCUCAGUAGACAAUAAUGAUAAUAAUAAUAUUCGCUUCAUAGUCUUUAAAUGUUUUUUUUUUUUUUUUACUCCAAGUGUGAAAAUUUUGUUUAGGUGUUUUUAUAUAUUCAUAUAUAACAUAUUAUAUUUUAAUCAUUAUCACGUUGUACUAUAAAAAAUAAUUAUACUGUUGCUUAAGUGUUGUUAAGUAUAGGGUGCUUCCAUUUGUAUAAUCAUUAUGAAAAUUAUAAAAAGCAAAAAAAAAUUAUAAUAUAUGUAUGUGUGAAUAUGUAUAUAUACAUAUAUAUACGCAUACGCGUGUGUAUGUAAUAUGUAUGUUUAUGUGUGUAUAUUAUAUAUUAUGAAAAUCUUGUGUCCGAAUUAGAAAGAGGAAUGUUUUCAACGUCAUAUUUUUUUUUAUGCUUUGGCUAUAGAUACUUACACAUUAUAAGCGUAUUUUGAUUUACCUGUAUUUUUUAUUCAAAUUCAAAAGUAAAAUAAAAAAAAAAAAAAAACUAUUAACGAUAAUUUGAUUUUUACCUGUAACAAUAACGCAUCGUGUAAAAUAAAAUACCAUGUACAUAAAUGAAGAGAAACGAGGGCGCGCGAUACGGUGGUGUUUGUAUCAUUUUUACCAUUUGAAUCCCACGAGUCAUUUUGUACUAAUUAAAACCCCUAAAAUUUAUAUGAUCUCAUACAAACAAAAAAAAAUAUUUUUUUUUUUUUUUAUAUAAUUUAAAUAUAUAACUUCCACAACUUUUUCUGAACGUAAUUAAUAAAACACGAUGAAUACUUGUUCGGCAAAGCAUUUAUAGAUUGUUUUGUAAUGAAUAUUUUUUUUUUUCCUAAUAUUUGCCCUUAAAUAAUAUUUUGAAGUGCAAGGAUAUUAUACACUAUAUAGUCAUGUUUAAUCAUAUAAAUAUAUAUAUAUUUUUUUUUUUAUACAAAUGUACCAUGUAUGACAUAUUAUAUGUAUAUACUAGGUACCUAUAUAAUAUAUUAUGUAUAUAUUAAGGUAUUUACAAAAAAAAAAAUAAUAAAAAAACGAAAAAAAAUAUACAAGGUCUAAUAUUAUACAUUAUAUUAUUAUUCACCUUAUUAUUAUCAUUAUUAUUAUUAUUAUUACUAUUAUAUUGUUUUCUAUAUAUAUGUAUUAGCGUUAUAAGUACAUAUGAUUAAACCUCCCCCUCCCCUAAACUUUCUUAUUUCGAUUUUAUAUACUUAUAUAUUAGUUGGUUUAUUAUUAUUAAAAUACAUAAUAUUAUGUACAUAAUGAUGUGUACGAUGUGAAUGUGUUGUAUAUAGAUUUACUCAUUGUACAUUAUUACAGGUAGACUUUACGGUACCGUACCUAUGAUAUAUUGUUCGCAAGUAAAUCGGUAUAAUGAUGUUAAGAAGUUUAACACUAUUUUUUUUUAUUAUUAUUAUUAUUAUUAUUAUUAUUAUUAUUUGUGCAUCGCGUUAUUUUAUAUAAAUAAAAGAAAACAAACGCGCGCGCUUGUACAAAAAAUACAUUAUAAAAGUAUAAUCUUUUUUUAUAUCUUAAAAUUAUAUUUAUAUAAUUGUUAA